AUGAGCGUCACCAAAACCUCUGGCCGUCCGACGGUGGUGGGCAUCUCCGGACCGACGCGCGCUGGGAAGACGACCUUGGCCUAUGGCCUGGCGCAAAGGCUCUGUGGGGAGGACAAGCCAUUCAGCAAGUGCCGGGGCCGCGACAGGGUGGAUCGCUUCAUGCGAGGACAAGGGGAGAAAGGCGGGUAUGUGAUCAGCGUCAUUGGACAAGACUCCUACUUCAAGGGCGGCAAGGAGGACACCGUGUGGGAUGCCCCCGAGGCCAUCGAUCACGACUGGGUGCUAAAGGCGCUCCACGAGGAGCUGGAAGAGCCGCUGGCGAAUUUGGUGGUCUUCGAGGGCUUUAAGGCCUAUUGGUCGCCGGAGGUGGUGAAGCACCUGGACCUGCUGUUUUGGAUUCAGGUGAAGGAAGACACGUGCCAAAAAAGAAAAAUGAGAAACAAGAACGUCACGGAUGAAGUCUGGCAGGAGGUGUGGCAAUUCCACCAGCAGUACGAGAGGCAUGUGGUGGUCGCAGUGCGGCCUUUCUUCAGCGACCGCUUUGAGGUUUUGGACGGUGAGCGGCCGAGGGAAGCAGUUCUCGAGGACGUGUUGGCACGCCUCACCAUGCGCAACGUCCACCUGCCCCCACCGCUGGCUGCGGGGUCGCAGAAUCGAGCGCGCAGUAGAUCUCGAGGUCGCUGCGGGGAGUCCGCAUCCUUGCAGGUCUUUUUGUGCGCCAACCCGUCGUGUUGGUUUACCGUGUUCCCGGAGACGGAGGCGGAUCUUGGGGGCUUCUGUUGCAGGAAAUGCCACUGGCGCCAUGUCUCUGGCUCCAAGUCGGGCAAGAACCACGACAACGUCUGCGGCCGCCGGCCUCCCACCUCGGGCCACAAGCCUCCCCGCGCCCUUCCGAAGCCGCCAGUGGAGCCUUACCCCGUGGAGGAACGGGCGCAGGCGCCGCAGCCGGUGCCGGAGCCGGUGCCGGAGCCAGGCGUGUCCAUCACCAGCGACUUCUUCCAGAAAGGUCUUCAGUGUGCGAAUCUCAACUGCCCCUUUCUGGCGAGCUCCGACAAAUGCGAUGGCGGAUUUUGUUGCAAGAAGUGCCAUUGGCGCUUUGUAAGCCAAGCGCGAGGAGGUAACAAGAAGCACAACGCCGGCUGCGGCAAAAAGUAUCCCAGUUCCAGUAGCACGCCGCGGGCGCCUCCUCUGCCCCCUGAUGAUCCCUACCCCCUUCAAGCGAGCUGA